CGUGUGCGCAUGCGAGAGUACAGCGUCUCGGGGGCGGGGCCCAGUUUGAAGCGGGUGGCGGGGACGUGCGCCCAUGGCCAAGCAGCAGAGCCGGGAGCAGGGCAUCACCCUGCGGGGCAGCGCCGACAUCGUUGCCGAGUUCUUCUCUUACGGCAUCAACAGCAUCCUGUACCAGCGCGGCAUCUACCCGCCCGAGACCUUCACCCGCGCGCAGCAGUACGGCCUCACGCUGCUCGUCACCUCCGACCCCGAGCUGCAGCGCUACCUGGGCAGCGUCGUGGACCAGCUCAAAGACUGGCUGUACAAGUGUUCAGUACAGCGCCUGGUGGUGGUCAUCUCUAGUAUUGAAAGCAACGAGGUCCUUGAGCGGUGGCAGUUUGACAUAGAGUGUGACAAAACUGCAAAAGAUGAGAGCGCACCAAGGGAGAAGUCUCAGAAAGCUAUUCAGGAUGAAAUUCGAUCUGUUAUCAGACAGAUAACUGCCACUGUAACUUUUCUGCCUUUAUUGGAAACCUCUUGUGCCUUUGAUUUACUGAUUUACACAGAUAAAGAUCUGGUAGUACCAGAAAAAUGGGAAGAAUCAGGACCACAAUUUAUUGCCAACUCAGAAGAGGUGCGUCUUCGUUCCUUCACUACCACUAUCCACAAAGUAAACAGCAUGGUGGCCUACAAAAAAGAUUCCUUUCCUUAACUAGGGAAAUGUUGUUGAUGUCUAUAAAAGGUCUUUAAAAGCUGCCCAUAUGAACAGUACUGAAUCCUUAAUAGGGUUACUAUAUUUUGUAUCUCAGUUUGGAAUUAGAAUAAUAGCACAAAGCAGUCAUUUAUUCACGUUAAUACUGUGCUGGUGUCAUACUUGUCAAACCUUGGAACAGGGAAUAGAGGAUUUAAUAAUGUAGUAAUUAUUAGUAAUAUGAUAUUCUUAUUUAAUUUUGGCGCACACUGUUCAGUGUGUUAGACUGCCCAGAGUGGUAUCAGUUUAGCCCUUCUAAACUGUAUAUUAUGAUUCACUUCAUGUAAAAAAAACAAAAGAAGUGAGUGGCAUCUAUCUGAAAGCAAUCUUCAGUAGCAUGUUGUAAUAUAUGAAACAUACACUUCUAAUAGAUUUCUGAAAAUCCAUUCUUACUUGCCCAUGGGGGGGGUGGAAAGUAUUUCUGGCAAAUGAUUGCAAAUACUGAUACUAUCAGACAUAGUCUGGGAUAAAUACCUUGUAAACAUCUUUUGUAAAGUUCUUGCUGUUCCUGUCUUUCUGUCCUUGGUAAAACUGUCCAGUUGAUCCUCUCAGCACAGAAAGCUCUGAGAGAGUAAUCAUCAUUCUCUAACCUAUGCAAUGAUUUGGCCUAAUAAUUGCUCUUUAAUUCCUCAGUGUCUGUCAAAUGUCUUUUAUAUGUUUGUAUUCAUGUUUUAUAAAAUAAAGCUUUGAGUUUUUUGUAAUGUAAA